GCCGGAUAUUUUCCAGGAGCAAACUCACCCACAACCAGUGCAAAAUUUCGAGAGACAAAUGCCAUUUCAGACGUUACACCAGUCAAAUGUUGCUCUAAAAGACGGAGCCCAUGAUGCUGCCAAACCCACAAUGAGCACCCUUGACCAAGGCAAACUUGACGAAAUGCGAGCAAUUAUGGAUGAGAUGCCACAAGCUCGGACUUUCAAGAAGUUUAAAGGGGGAAUAGGUCAUACUGUGUUCGUGGUACCUGGAGUAUACGGAGGAUAUGCUGGAGGUUACGCUAGUCCUGCCUAUAUUAGCCCUUCAUAUUCAGCUCCUAUAUAUGGCAGCUAUGGUCAUUCCGGUCACUCAUAUGGUGCUCAUCUUCAUCAUGGUUAUUCACCCUAUAUUUCAGAACAAAAUCCAAUGAGUAAGGAUGAUUCAACUGCGAGGGAGAAUUCCAAAGGAGCUAAUUUACAACCUGUGGCCGGUCCUCUUCCUGAGAAGGUGCCGAAUUCCAGGAAAUAACAUUCAGCAAGCAAACAAGUUCUACUAAAACAUUGGACGCACAUUCAUCCAUGGCCGAAGAAGAUACCAUGACUACCGCUGCUAGUGAAGAUGACCCAACUAUAGGCGAAGAUCUCCCAAGCGCUAGAGGAUGCACUUGCAGACGAAUUGGUAGCGAUAAUGAUGACUAUGAAAGCGAUAAUGAUCAACACGUUGCAGCAGUUCCUAUACAAAUUCAUCCAGAUGGAAGUCAUAGGUUAAGUUCGGACGUGGUAGGUUCCGCAGUAUGGACACCGGGAAUGGUGAAGCCAUACGCGGGUUUAUGGGAUCCUAAAGGAUUUUUAGGACGCUUUUUAAAACCAGCGGAACCUCUAAUCUAUCAACCACCAACAGUUGGAGUUGCCUACGUACCAGUCCAGAAGGUACGCUCCGCAAAUUCAGCAGAUAAUAGUCCAAAUCGCCCAACUUCAUGGGCUGAUUCCAUACGCCAAUCUCAAGAACACUUAGUAGGAUCAAGCCGUGCACCACAACGAACAACUCGAAUACGACCAUCAUCGAGGAAUUGUAACAGACGACAAGCACCACCAAUGGGACGACCAUCAUUAUUGGGAUCUGUGAUCAAGCCAGCAUCAACUUUGGUAGGAGCAACGAAAAAACCUCCGGUAUCUAACCCAGAUACAGAGCCUACUCCCUCAGCGACAAGUAUUGAAACAGUUGGAGAGCCACAGCAACCAGAAUCAUCAUCGGCCAUUGAAGGAUGUGUAAGACAAUGUUUGAAAGAUUGA